CCGGUUACCAGGGGUCCCUCCUCUCUCGUCACUCAGUAAGCGGAAGUCCCGCCCACUCCUGCUCGGUGGAUCAGGAGGAUGUUGAACAAGGCUCAGCAGCAUCACUGUUCAUCACGAUCAUCAUCCAACCCCAGGGUCGUCAUCAGCGGGGAGCAAACGGGCUAACUGACAGGAGCACAGCAGUCUUCCUCAGAGGCACCGCGGGGAUGAAGAGCCCCACUCUGUGAUCGGAAGCAACCGCUAAUCCCGGGGAUAUAUGUUCAGGACCUCGAUGCCGUAGAGACGCAGACGGAGGGAAACCCAAGAUGGAGAAAAAGAAGCCGUGUCCUCGUCUUCUGGACUACCUGGUGGUGGUGGGGGCCAGGCAGCCCAGCAGCGACAGCGUGGCGCAGACCCCCCAGCUGCUGCGGCGCUACCCCCUGGAGGACCACCCUGACUUCCCGCUGCCCCCUGACGUGGUGUACUUCUGCCAGCCCGAGGGCUGCCUGAGCGUCCGGCAGCGGCGGGUCAGCCUGCGCGACGACGCCUCCUUCGUCUUCACGCUCACCGACAAGGACUCGGGCAUCACGCGCUACGGCAUGUGCGUCAACUUCUACCGCUCCUUCCAGCGCACCGGCGGCGGCGGCGGCGGCGGGGGCCACCACCGUAACCGCGGCAACAAGGGCGGCCCCACGGAGGCGGAGGCGGCGGAGGCGGCCGGCGAGGGCUCGGACGGCGGCGCGGCCCCCGGGGCGGCGCGCCCGCCCGGCCACGCCCCGCGGGGGGGGCCGGCGGGGCCCGGGGCGGAGGCGGAGCCCCCCGGCGGGGAGCCCGGCGCGGGCCGCUCCCCGCGGCGGCGGCGGGCGGCGGCGGCGCGGGCGGCGGAGCGCAGCAGGAACAGCACGCUGACCUCGCUGUGCGUGCUCAGCCACUACCCCUUCUUCUCCACCUUCAGGGAGUGCCUCUCCAUCCUGAAGAGGCUGGUGGACCGCUGCAGCCAGCGGGGAGCCCUGCAGGCCGGGGCCGCCCAGAGGGACACCAUGUGGCGCGUGUUCACCGGCGCUCUGUCGGUGGAGGAGCGAGGCAACCUGCUGCUGGCGGACCUCCGGGAGAUCGAGGCCUGGGUGUACCGGCUGCUGCGCUCCCCCGUCCCCGUGGCGGGCCAGCGCCGCGUGGACGUGGAGGUGCUGCCCCAGGAGCUCCGGAGGCCGCUCACCUUCGCCCUGCCCGACAACUCCCGCUUCUGCAUGGUGGACUUCCCCCUGCACCUCCCGCUGGAGCUGCUGGGGGUGGACGCCUGCCUGCAGGUGCUCAGCUGCAUCCUGCUGGAGCACAAGGUGGUCCUCCAGUCGCGGGACUACAACGCCCUCUCCAUGAGCGUCAUGGCGUUCGUGGCGAUGAUCUACCCCCUGGAGUACAUGUUCCCCGUCAUCCCCCUGCUGCCCACCUGCAUGGCGUCCGCAGAACAGCUCCUAUUGGCGCCCACCCCCUACAUCAUCGGCGUCCCGGCCAGCUUCUUCCUCUACAAGGCCGACUUCAAGAUGCCCGACGAUGUGUGGCUGGUGGACCUGGACAGUAACAAGGUGAUCGCCCCCACCCACGCAGAGUUCCUGCCCCCCCUCCCAGAACCAGAGUCCCUGGAGCUGAAGAAGCACCUGAAGCAGGUGGUGCUAGUGGUUCUAGUGGUAGUUACUAACCAACAAAUUGCAAACAGCAAAGACAAAAGAAUAAUCUUGAGCCUUUCUGAGCAGGACAUUGUCGAUGAUCAUAAACGCGAUGCCAAUCAACCCAAGCCCAUGGUACCUCUGGGAUCGGAUCGGGCUGCAGAUAGAUGGUUGUUCCUCUUUCUCCUGACCCCCCCUCCUGAGUCGACCUGUGGCUCCGUGUUCCUCAGGGUGGCCAUGGUGCGCUUCUUCAACUCGCCCAACGUGCUCCAGGGGUAGAUGCACACGCGCACCCUGCGUCUGUUCCCGCGGCCGGUGGUGGCCUUCCAGGCGUCCUCCUUCCUGGCCUCGCGCCCCCUGCGCUCCAGCUUCGCCGAGAAGCUGUCGCACACGCAGGCCGUCGAGUUCUACGGAGAGUGGGCCCUGAACCCCGGGAACCUGGCCUAUCAGAGGAUCCACAACAACGUGUACGACCCGUCCCUGAUCGGGGACAAGCCCAAGUGGUACGCCCACCAGCUGCAGCCGGUCCUGUACCGCGUGUUCGACAGCAGCUCCCAGCUGGUGGAGGCCCUGGCCGGGCCCCUGGACGAGGAGGGCAACGACUCUGACCCCACCGACAGUGGCAGUGACAGUGAGGCGUAUGACGGCUCCAGCUCCUCCUACUCCUCUCUGGGCGACCUCGUGAGUGAGAUGAUCCAGGGAGACCUCCAGGGAGGGACGCCAUGCCUGGACCCGCCCUCCCACGCCGCCCUGGGGGACCCCAGCGAGGUGGAGUUCCAGGACCUCCCGCCGCUCAGGGAGGGGCCGGGGCUCGAGGGCCCCCCCGGCGCAGACCCCUCCGCCGCCGAGCCCCCCGACGGCCAGCCCCUCCGCUCCUCCUCCAGCACCACCGCCAGCUCCUCGCCCAGCACCGUCAUCCAGGGGCUCCACCAGCAGGGGGAGCCGGGGGAGCCGGGGGAGAUGGAGGCCUCCGCCGCCGCCGCCCUGCAGAACCCGGUGCCCGGCCUGGGGGGCCUGGGGGGCCCGGUGGGGGGCCCCUUCCCCAGGAUCACCACGGACGCAGCCCCCGAGCCCGCCAAGGACAAGAAGGCCGAGUAUGACAACCCGUACUUUGAGCCGCAGUACGGCUUCCCCUCAGAGGACGACCCCGAGGGGCAGGUGGAGUCGUACACGCCCCGCUUCAACCAGAGCCUCAACGGCAACAAGUCCCAGCGGCCCUUGCGUCCCAGCAGCUUGCGUCUCCCGGGGGAGUCGGACGGCGAGGGCGACUCGCGGACCAGCUCGCCCAACUCCACCAUCUCCAACAACAGCAACGACGGCUUCGGGGGCCUCAUGUCCUUCGCCAGUAAUCUGUACAAGAACCACGGGAGCAACUUCAGUCUGUCCAACCUGGCCAUCCCCAACAAGGGGGCCCGCGAGAAGGCCACCCCCUUCCCCAGCCUCAAAGUAUUUGGGCUAAAUUCUCUAAUGGAGAUAAUAUCAGAGGCUGGCCCGGGGAGAGGAGAAGGAGCCCGGGCCCCGCGUGCGCUGGUGGACCAGAAGUCGUCGGUGAUCAAGCACAGCCCCACGGUGAAGAGGGAGUCGCCGUCGCCCCAAGGCCGCAUCAGCAACACCAGUGAGAACCAGCAGUUCCUGAAGGAGGUGGUGGGCUCUGUGCUGGAGGGCCAGGGCGUGGGCUGGCUCAACAUGAAGAAGGUGCGCCGCCUGCUGGAGAACGAGCAGCUGCGCGUUUUCGUGCUGAGCAAGCUGAACCGCGCCGUCCAAUCAGAGGAGGACGCCCGACAGGAGGUCAUCAGAGACGUGGAGGUGAACAGGAAGGUGUAUAAGGGAAUGCUGGACAUCUUGAAGUGCACGGUGUCGAGCCUGGAGCACUCGUACACCAACGCGGGCCUGGGCGGCAUGGCCAGUGUCUUCAGCCUGCUGGAGAUCGCACGCACGCACUACCAAACCAAAGACCCUGAGAAGCGUAAGCGCAGCCCAACGGACGUCAGCCCGGGCAGCACGGAGAGCCCCCCGGGGCCGGCGCCGGCCCCCCGGGCCCCCCAGGGCCCGCUCGCCGUGCCGCGGCUGCAGCUGCCGCCCCCCCACCACGCCGCGCAGGGCAAGGGGCUCCGCAGCUUCGACACGCGCAGUCUGAACGAGGAGAACUUUAUCGCCUCCAUCGAAUUGUGGAGCAGGCACCGGGAUAAGCAAAGUGCUUUGGAAAAACCACAGAGGUCGGACGGGAAGCAGCCGCGCCCCGAGACCACCGACACCGAGGAGAAGAAAUCCCAGAUCAGCGCCGACAGCGGGCUCAGUGUGACCUCCGGCUCUCAGAAGAGCGACACGGAGUCUGUGAAGGGCACCGAGCCCCCGGCCCUGACCAGGAGCACCAGCCAGGACUCUGAGGCCAGCACCGUGAUCAGCAACAGCUCGGGGGAGACGAUGGGCGCGGACAGCGACCUGAGCAGCACGGCGGGAGACGGGCCGGGGCGCGCCUCGCUGCACCUCGCCACCUCCCGGGGGACGCUGUCCGACAGCGAGAUCGAGACCAACCCGGCCACCAGCGCCGUGUUCGGGAAGACCCACAAGCUGAAGGUGGCGUUGGCCAAGGAGCCGGUGCGGCCGGUGAGCCGGGCCCCCCCCCCCGCCGCCCCCCUGGAGGACGUCAGCAUGAGGAUCUACCUCUGUGAAGGGCUACUUGGGCGGGACAAGAGCUCCGUGUGGGACCAGCUGGAGGACGCUGCCAUGGAGACCUUCUCUCUAAGUAAGGAGCGCUCCACGCUGUGGGACCAGGUGCAGUUCUGGGAGGACGCCUACCUGGACGCGGUGAUGCUGGAGCGCGAGGGCAUGGGGAUGGACCAGGGCCCGCAGGAGAUGAUCGAGAGGUACCUCUCGCUGGGAGACCACGACCGCAAGCGUCUGGAGGAGGACGAGGACCGGCUGCUGGCCACUCUGCUGCACAACAUGGUGGCCUACAUGCUGAUGCUGAAGGUGAGCAAGAACGACAUCCGUAAGAAGGUGCGUCGUCUGAUGGGCAAGUCACACAUCGGGCUGAGCCACAGCCAGGUCAUCAACGAGCUGCUGGACAAGCUGGCCGACAUGAACGGCCGUGAGAUACCCAUAAGGCCGAGCGGCAGUCGCCACAUCAAGAAGCAGACGUUUGUGGUGCAUGCUGGGACGGACACCACAGGGGACAUCUUCUUCAUGGAGGUGUGUGACGACUGCAUCGUGCUGCGCAGUAACAUCGGCACGGUGUACGAGCGCUGGUGGUACGAGAAGCUCAUCAACAUGACCUACUGCCCCAAGACCAAGGUGCUCUGCCUCUGGCGGCGCAACGGCCAGGAGACCCAGCUCAACAAGUUCUACACAAAGAAGUGUCGGGAGCUGUACUACUGUGUGAAGGACAGCAUGGAGAAGGCGGCCGCCCGGCAGCAGAGCAUCAAACCAGGGCCCGAGCUGGGCGGAGAGUUCCCCGUCCAGGACAUGAAGACGGGGGAGGGGGGGCUGCUGCAGGUCACCCUGGAGGGCAUCAACCUCAAGUUCAUGCACAGCCAGGUUUUCAUAGAGCUGAGUCACAUUAAAAAGUGCAAUACAGUGAAGGGAGUCUUUGUCCUGGAGGAAUUUGUUCCUGAAACUAAAGAAGUGGUGAUCCACAAGUACAAGACGCCCAUGGCCCACCAGAUCUGUUACUCGGUGCUCUGCCUCUUCUCCUACGUGGCCGCGGUGAAGGGGAAAGAGGACGGCAGACCCAAGCUCCUGUCCCCCCGACCUGUGUCUCCCAGACCCCCGUCCCCAAGACCCCUGCCCAGCUAGUCCUCUCCGUCGGACCCCCCCCCCCCUACGUGCCUCUCUGCUCUCCCCUCUGACAAUCCCCCAAAGCGUCCCUCUAAGCACACUCCCCCGCCCCCUUUGACCCCCUUUCUUAUCUGUGGUCGUCUGAACAGACCUAGAGGUGUUCCUAGGUCCUGGUGUAUCGUGGUGUAAUUAAGAAAUGAAGACGGAGCUGAACACUGUCGCUCCACUACGGGCCCGGACCACGUCCUGUAGGGUCCGCUCGCCCCAGAGGAGACCCCCCAGGGCGGGCAUCCAGGUCCUGUGCACCACCCUGAGACCCCCCCUCCCCCUGUGACCCCCCCUCCCCCCCCUGUUUGGUGGUGUCCGUAUUUCGGUCCCUCGUCCCGCCUGGUAUCAGGGUGUGUACAGGCUGCUGGUCCCCCGCAUGUAAAUGCUUCUGUCAAGGUCCCAGUACUCCGUAAAGCCCCCCCCCCCCCCCCCC